GUUAAUAUAAAUGAGAUCCGAGCAACUGCUGCGCAGCAAUUAGGAGAAAUUCAAAAGCAACACCCUGGGGAGCUGCAUAACUUGUUAUCAAGGGUUGUUAUUCAUUUGAGCAAUAAAGAAUGGGAUACUCGGAUUGCUGCGGGGCAAGCAAUUGAAGCUAUUGGCAAAAAUGUGCCGCAGUGGGACCCUCCGGAGAUUGUUAAAAUUGAAAACGAAAUAUCGGCUAAAAAUGAGUCAAGCGAUAAUAAAUAUUCCUUUGAAAAUUUUGACAUUUCGAAUGUAUUACAAAAUGGAAAAACAUUGUUAGGUUCUGCCGGAAAAGAAUAUGAUCUUGAUUUAAGUGAUCUUGAUCCUGCUCAGAGACUCGCGUUACAACAUAAGAAUCUCAGAGAAAGACUAGGAUUAGGUGGAGAAUUUAUGGACGUCGAUUUAUUGGAUGAUGUUGAUAUAAGUGGGGCGACUCAAACACAAAAUACACAAGUCAAUAAGGUCGAGUCUACUUCUAUACAACCACCACGUUCUCCAAUUUUACCGCCAGAAGACAUGGCUAACCUGAGCGCCAGAGAAAGAAAUAAACUGAAGAGAAAAGCAAAAAAUGAUGCAAAAAUUAAGGGGAAAGAAAAAUUACGUGUUGUGGAAAUUGGUACACGAAAAACAAGCGGUGAUUAUACAACUCCAUUAACGGCUCCACUUGCACCAACAACUGUCAAAGUCGAACCCGAUGGAUCAUCAGAGCAGACACAAGCGGAGGGAUAUUUCAAUUUUACACCACAACCUUGUUCAAGCAAAAUUGUUGUAGAAGCUAAAAAAGAAGGAUCGUCAAAUGUAACGGAUGAUCAGUCUAAUGAAUGGCCAUUUGAAAAUGUGUGCGAAUCUCUCUGCGUGGCUUUGUUUAAUCCAUGCUGGGAAGUUAGGCAUGGUGCAUGCAUCGGUUUAAGAGAAAUCCUUAAAGUACACGGCCAUGGAGCUGGACGUCGCGUUGGACUAACUAAAACGGAAAAUGAAUUCAGACAUAAUAAAUGGUUGGAGGAUGUAGCAAUUCGCUUGUUAUGUGUAUUUGCACUGGACCGAUUCGGAGAUUUCGUAUCAGAUCAGGUUGUUGCACCUGUACGGGAGACUUGUUCGCAAACAAUGGGGGCACUUUUACGCUAUAUGUCACCACAGGGUGUGGAUAAUGUUCACAAAGUUUUAUUACAGAUGAUUUAUCAAACAGAUGUGCAGGGAUAUAAGCCAUCAAUAUGGGAAGUUAGACAUGCUGGGAUGUUAGGUUUGAAGUACGCAGUUGCUGUCCGUAAGGAUUUAGUGAAUACAAUAUUGGACGGGACCGUGGGUGCAGUGAUAUUAGGGUUAAAAGAUAAUGACGACGACGUGAGAGCUGUUGCAGCAUCUAUUUUAAUUCCGAUUGCUGAACAUUUUGUUACACUCUCUGCGCACAAAAUACCGGAAAUAGUUUCGGUCUUAUGGGAUUGCCUAAAGGAUUUAAAGGAUGAUCUUACUGCAUCUACAGCCAGUGUAAUGGAUUUUUUGGCCCGAUUAUUUUCCUUUCCAAAAGUAUUAGAAUAUAUGCGAACAGCUGCUACUUCUGAUUCGAGUCAUUCAUUGACAACAUUAAUACCUCGAUUAUACCCAUUCUUUCGUCAUACUAUUACUUCCGUGCGCUCUGCGGUACUAAACACAUUGCUGACAUUUCUGGGUAUGGCAGAUGUUGAAGAAUGGGUAGAUAAUCGCACUUUCAGGCUUGUUUUUCAAAAUAUGAUUGUUGAAGAAAAAAGCUAUGUUCUCGAACUAUCUCUUAAAGUCUGGUCUGCUUUAGUAUCUCAUGUAUCAAAGCCCGGCCGAGAAAAUAAAAUCAUUGCUUUUACGGAUCAAUCCAUUAGAACGUGGUUCAUGAUAAUCAUGACACCGUUAGGUACGCCAAUUGAUCGACGAUUAUUUUUUAUACCCGAUGGUCCAAUUCCAAUGGAAACAUCACCUACCAUCGCAUCACCUACCAACGCACGACGUCGAUCACAGGGGCGUAUUCAAACAAACAAUGGUGAUGAUGUAGUGACCGGACAUAAUAUUGAUACUGGGAUGUUACAACAAGAUUUUGCGUUGGUCAGCAAGGACACUGUGCUAAGAGGCAGAGUCACUGCUUCUAAAGGCCUGGGUAUGUUAAUGAGUCAUUGGCCUAAUGAGUCCCUGGAAACAUCGUUCGAGGAAAUAAUUAUUUCGUGCUUGUCUUCUUCUUGGGCAUCAAAUAAACAACUUGCUGCUGUCAUCACAGAAGAGUGGGCACGUUCAAUUGUAGAAAACGAAGGUUACGACAUUCAUACAUCACUGUUGAACGUAUCACCAUUAACACUUAAACUUUCAAACCAUAUGAUCUCAAUAUUGGAAUCUGAACCACCAAAAUUUUAUUCGGAACUUAUACCUAUUCUUCGUCGCAUUCGUGGUGAAUGUCAAGCAUUGCUCAAUACAUUCGUUUCAGUCGGAAAAAUUGACUCCGCGAUUAUCCCUGCUUUACCUUCACAUGUUCUUGGCGAGGUCAUUCAAUCAGAUGUUUUAUUUCCAUUGUUCAGUAUUGAAACAGCAGAGGAGCUUUCGGCCACUACUUUCAAUAAUUUAUUAGCCCAAGUCGCUGGGGUAGGUGGAAAAUCAACGCAAGCCCGAACCGAUGAACGACAAGCCUUAAAUGAUCGCCAACGCCGAGUAGUAUCAUCAAUCGGUUGUUAUGAGUCAACUAAACAGGAAAAUGACAUUGUUGUAUUUGCAGCAAUUGCUGGUGCUGUCGUUGCAUUGCGAGCAUUACCUCCUAAGCUUAAUCCUGUCGUUAGAUCUAUUAUGAAUUCAAUAAAAACUGAAAAAAAUCUAGGAUUGCAGCAACGUUCGGCGGCUACAUUAGCGAGCCUUGUAGAACUAUGUGCUUCUGAGGAUGGUUCAACGCGAGUAAAUCCUAACGACAAAAUCGUGAAAAAUCUAUGUACAUUUCUUUGCUCUGAUCCAACUACAACACCUGAGCUGCAAGCUAACCGUGCAAAGGAGGGUAUACUGUCUUUACAGAAGGCUAAAGAGCCCGAUAAAGGGUCGUCUAAUAGUGAUUCCCAAAAUGAUGAAGAGUUAAAAUCACAAAAAUUAAUACGUCGUGGUGCUGAAACAGCUCUUCGCCAAUUUUCUAUACAAUUUGGAUCCAGACUAUUUGAUAUUGUUCCCAGGCUAUGGGUGUGUGUGCAUUAUUCUUUGAGCACAGUGUUCGCUCAUGAUGACAAAGAAAAAAUAACAUCAGUCUUCAAAUCUAAUAUUAGUCUGGGACAAGAUGUCAUUGACUCUUUACAGAUAUUACAAACAUUAGUUCCUGUAUUUCAUGAAUCUCUUCGAUUAAAGAUAACGGAAUUGCUUCCUUGUCUUGUGAGAGCCAUUCAGUGUCAAUAUUCAGUAAUUAGGUCCAUGGCUGCCCGUUGCUUUGCCACAAUUGCUAAUGUUAUCACUGCCCAGAGUAUGCAGAUCAUAAUAGGUCAAGCAAUACCACUAUUGGGGGAUUCACAGAAUGUGAUACGUCGUCAAGGAGCUGCUGAACUAAUAUACCAUGUUGUGCAAACUAUGGACGCAAAGAUUCUACCAUAUGUCAUCUUUUUGAUAGUACCAAUUUUGGGUCGAAUGAGCGAUGUGGAUGAAAACGUUCGAUUAGUGAGCACCAAUUGUUUUGCUAUGCUAAUAAAGUUGGUUCCAUUGGAGGCUGGAAUACCUGAUCCACCUGGUUUAUCUGCAGAAUUGUUGAUACACCGAGAUGAAGAACGCAAAUUCCUUGCUCAGCUGCUUGACAGCAGAAAAUUGGACCCAUAUGAAAUUCCUGUUACGAUCAAAGCUGAAUUAAGAAAAUAUCAACAAGAAGGCGUAAAUUGGCUUGCAUUUUUAAACAGAUAUCAAUUGCAUGGGAUAUUAUGUGACGAUAUGGGUCUUGGCAAAACACUUCAAUCUAUUUGCAUUCUUGCGAGUGAUCACCACAUGCGUGCCACAAAAUAUAAUGCAACAAAAUCACCAGACAGCGUUCAUUGUCCAUCUUUGGUUGUAUGCCCACCUACAUUGACAGGACAUUGGUAUCACGAAAUAUUAAAUUAUACUGACACAUUAAAACCUUUACUGUAUUCUGGUAAUCCUAAGGAUAGAGAUAGGCUCCGACCAAAGAUUCCUAACUACGACAUAGUUAUCAUGUCUUAUGAUAUUGUGCGUAAUGAUAUUGACGAAUUGGCCAGUAUACAUUGGAAUUAUUGCAUCUUAGAUGAAGGACAUGUGAUAAAAAAUGGAAAAACAAAGAUUACUAAAGCAGUGAAGUCUGUAAAGGCAAAUCAUCGAUUAAUAUUAUCCGGAACACCAAUACAGAAUAACGUAUUGGAAUUAUGGUCACUUUUUGAUUUCUUAAUGCCUGGGUUUCUGGGAACAGAAAAACAAUUUAAUGAGAGAUUUGGAAAACCAAUAUUGGCUAGUAGAGACAGUAAAAGCUCAUCUAAAGAACAAGAGGCUGGCGCACUUGCCCUUGAAGCUUUACACAAGCAAGUGUUACCGUUCUUGCUGCGUCGAUUGAAGGAAGAUGUAUUAAGUGAUUUACCUCCUAAAAUUAUUCAGGACUAUUACUGUGAGCUUAGUGAUUUACAGAAGCAACUAUAUGAACAAUUUGCUAAAUCGCAGGCUAAAAGUAAAGUCGAAAUGGAACUUGAGACAGAUGUCACUGAUGGUGAAGUAGAAAAAAAGAAGACACAUACACACAUUUUUCAAGCUCUACAAUAUUUACGUAAACUAUGCAAUCAUCCUUUGCUUGUUGUCAAUAAUAAGCACCCUCAAUAUCGUACGGUUAUGGAUCGACUCAAAGCUACCAAGACUUCAUUGCAUGAUUUGGAAAACGCUCCGAAGUUGCUUGCAUUAAAACAAUUACUACAUGAUUGUGGAAUUGGAACAUCCCAAGACUCUGAAGAUUCACUUGGAGCUGGAGCCGUAAGCCAGCAUCGUGCACUUAUUUUUUGUCAACUUAAGACUAUGCUCGAUAUCAUAGAAAAAGAUUUACUUGAAACUUAUAUGCCUUCAGUUACUUACUUACGUCUAGAUGGAUCAGUAGAUGCUAACAAACGACAUGGCAUUGUACAGCAAUUCAAUAAAGAUCCAUCAAUUGACGUCUUACUACUUACAACCCAUGUUGGUGGAUUAGGCAUCAAUUUGACAGCUGCGGAUGCAAUGGAUCGUGCACAUCGUAUUGGACAGAAAAAGACUGUCAAUGUCUAUCGAUUAAUUACAAAAGGCACACUAGAAGAAAAGAUUAUGGGAUUGCAAAAAUUCAAACUUAACAUCGCAAAUUCCAUUGUUAACCAACAAAAUUCUGGAUUACAAAGUAUGGACACUGAUCAAAUUCUUGAUUUGUUUAACGUAACCACAGAUAAUAGUAAAAGAGGUCAAAGUAAAAUUGCAUCAAUCACAAGCGAUGGUUCCAGUUUUGGAAAGGGAAAGAAAAUUACCCCAAAGAACUUAGUUGAUGGGUUGGAAAAUUUGUGGGAUGACAAACAAUAUGAAGAUCUUAAUUUAGACAAUUUUAUCGAAUCUCUUAAUUCUGAUUGUUAA